AUGGCUAGGUGGAUGGUCUCAUCUAGGAAAUCUAUUGACGGGAAGUGGGUAUCAUUCUCUAUGAAUUAUGUGCUCACAAGCUUAGCCACUGGAACGACGACGACAAGGUUUAUCCCUUGUAGACGAGCUGGGUUUGGAGAUUGUGUCUUUUCUAGGGAAAUGUCUGAUGUUGAGAUGGACAAUUGGGGAAGAGCAUUGUUGGAUACACCCCCUAGUUUUAUCUACAAGCUCUUAGUUAACGAUGGCAAGCGCCCCUCCGCCGCCGCCGCCGGAGACGACCCCUUCUUCGAGUCGGAGCCCAAGCGCCGCCGCGCCCGCGCGGACGAGGACAUCGAGAGCGGGGACAGCGACGACGACACCCUCGCGCUGGGCGGCGCCGUCGCGGGCGGGGAUGAGGAGGAGGAGGAGGAGGAGGAGAAGGAGACGGCCGGGGAGAAGAGGUUGCGGAUGACCAAGGAGUACCUGGAGAGGAUCGCCGACGCGGUGAAGAGGAACAAGGAGGAAGAGGAGGAGGACGACGACGAAGAUGACGACGAGGAUGAUGGUUUGCCCGGGGGGAGGCGGGUCGCCAAGCUCCUCCGGAAGAAGCAGCUCGUGGAGAGCGGCAGGCAGCGCCUGAGCCUCGCCGCAAGGGUGUUACCACCUGGCCAGCAGGAUGGAUUCAAAUUUAUAGCCAAGCACCGGCAGCCAGUGACUGCCGUUGCUUUGUCGAAGGACAGCGACAAGGGGUUUUCGGCAUCCAAAGAUGGAGUUAUCCUCCAUUGGGAUGUCGAGACCGGGCAAAGCGAGAAGUAUUUGUGGCCAACUGAAAAGGUGUUGGUUUCUCACCAUGCUAAAGCUCCUCUCUCUAAGAAGAGAAGCCAGCAGGUGCUUGCACUGGCUGUUAGUUCCGAUGGGCGAUACUUGGCCACUGGUGGCUUCGAUAGGCAUAUCCAUUUGUGGGAUGUUCGAUCACGGGAGCACAUACAGGCAUUCAGUGGACAUAGAGGGCCCGUAUCCUGUCUUGCUUUCGGCCUGGACUCUUCAGAGCUAUUCUCUGGUUCUUAUGAUCGUUCAAUAAUGCAGUGGAAUGCUGAAGAUAGAACAUACAUGCACUGCCUAUAUGGUCAUCAGGGUGAAAUAUUGACAACUGACGCACUCAGCAAAGAUAGACUUCUGACUGUAGCACGGGAUAGAACAAUGCAUCUUUGGAAGAUACCGGAGGAGUCACAGUUAGUCUUUCGUGCUCCUGCUGUGUCUUUGGAGUGCUGCUGCUUUAUCGAUGACAAGGAAUAUUUGUCUGGAUCAGAUGAUGGAAGCCUCGAGCUUUGGAGUGUUAUGAGAAAGAAACCUACUCACAUAAUAAAAAAUGCCCAUCCAGCAUUAGCUCCUAGUUCACUUGACAGUGCUGAUGAAAAGUUGCCCAAAGAAAAUGGAAUUUGUAAGCCUCAAAGCCUUUCAUCAGCUCAUUCAUGGAUUAGUGCUGUUGCUGCAAGAAAAGGUUCUGAUCUGGCUGCGUCUGGAGCAGCUAAUGGUGUUGUUCGCCUUUGGACAAUUCAACCUGAUUCAAAAGGGAUGCAGCCAUUGUUCGACUUGCCACUGGAUGGCUUUGUCAAUUCUCUUGCAAUAGCAAAAUCAGGACGCUUCAUUGUUGCUGGUGUUGGCCGAGAACCUCGUCUUGGAAAAUGGGGCCGAGUCGCAACAGCAAAGAAUGGGGUUGCAAUUCAUCGGCUCAGUCUACAAGAUGACUCUGAAGAUUUGUAA